AGUUCUGGGGGCUAAAAGACCCUGGAACUCUUGGUUGAAAUGCACCUUUAUGUUCUCCUGUGUUUGGGCCAUGCAGCACCAAAGCUAAGUCAACAUUAGCAUUGUUUACAGCAGUGAGGAGCCUCCACCCUCCCCCUCCUCCUCCACCCUCCUCCACCUCCUCCCCCACCCGGCUUCACCAGCUCCUCCUACUUCACAAGCUAGCCAGCUAGCUGUAGCUGUCGCUGUUAAAGCGACCACAGAUCCAGCUGGUUUUAACUAACACAGCUGGAUGAGACUCAUCCAUCCUGCAGACUCUUGAAUCUUCCUCUCUGGACUCCUUUCCUCGGAGGAUUCAGACUCAGUGAUCCUCCAGCUGACCGACAGAGACCACAGCUAGCUGCUAGCUGCUACAGCUAACACUCCAGCUAGCUCCGUGACGAGCUUUAACUCGGCUUCUUCCUGUUUAAAGACACUUUUUGUGCUUUUGCCUUUUAUUUAAGACAGCUCUGGGUUUAGUGUUGUUGAAUCAGACAGCACAGACACACAGUUGUUUUAUUUAAAAGUAUGUAGGUCACUGAAACCGACCGACGGUUGUUAUUUGGGUCAUCAGCGGGUUAGCUUGUUAGAACAGCUGGUUAGCUAGCUGCUCGCCUGACCGCAGAGUGUUUUUGUGUUUGUCAUCUCAAACAGACAGAUAACAUCUUUACUGCUCAUGCAUAAGCUCUGCAGUGUUCGUGGCAGACAUUAACUUCGAGUUUGAAGCUUCAUUUUUCAUCUUUGAGGAAGCUGCUAGCUGGAUCCUGUUAGCUAGCUGAGUUAAAGAGAUCAGCUGCACUAACCAGGAAGCUGAUGGAUCAUGCUGAGUGAUCCCUAGCCGGGCAGCAGCAGCAGCAGCAGCAGCUCUCCCUCAAAGUGUUUCUGUGCUCGGUGAGGGGAGGAUGGCAUUUCACGGCGCAGGCCGGCAGACCGUCUGUGGAGACUUGUUUCCGGGCUCCGAGCUCGGCCACAAGUAUUUCUGUGUCAACUCUUCCUGCGGGGCUCCAUCCACGGGCCUCAGCGCCACACCGUGCCUAACCGGACCCACUGCCCCUGCAGGGACCCCUCGCCACCCCACGGCACUCGGAGGCAGCGCCGGCGGAGGAGCGGCGGUUCCACAGCCAUACAGCAACCCGGCCAGCGAGGUGCCCAGCCCCCCAGACAUGGAGCCGGACCGCCCCAUCGGUUAUGGCGCAUUUGGCGUUGUCUGGUCCGUCACAGAUCCACGUGACGGUCGCAAGGUGGCUUUGAAGAAAAUGCCCAAUGUCUUCCAGAACCUGGUCUCCUGUAAGAGGGUCUUCAGAGAGCUGCGGAUGCUGUGCUUCUUCAAACAUGACAAUGUGUUGUCAGCUCUGGACAUUCUGCAGCCUCCUCAGAUCGACUGCUUUGAGGAAAUCUACGUGAUAACAGAACUGAUGCAGAGCGACCUCCACAAAGUGAUCGUGUCUCCUCAGCCUCUUACCACCGACCACAUCAAGGUCUUCCUCUAUCAGAUCCUCCGAGGUUUGAAAUACCUGCACUCCGCUGGGAUCCUUCACAGAGACAUCAAACCUGGGAACCUGCUGGUCAACAGUAACUGCUUACUGAAGAUUUGUGACUUCGGCCUGGCCCGUGUGGAGGAGCCUGACCCGUCACGUCACAUGACCCAGGAGGUGGUGACACAGUACUACAGAGCUCCAGAGGUGCUGAUGGGAUGCCGACACUACGGUUCGGCCAUCGACGUGUGGUCAGUGGGCUGCAUCUUCGCCGAGCUGCUGGGGCGACGCAUCCUGUUCCAGGCCCAGAGUCCGAUCCAGCAGCUGGAUCUGAUCACAGACCUGCUGGGAACGCCGCCUCUCUCCGCCCUGUCAUCCGCCUGUGAAGGAGCUAGAGCCCACAUCCUGAGGGGGCCGCACAAACCGCCCUCGCUGUCUGUGCUCUACAUGCUCUCUGAUGGAGCCACACACGAGGCGGUGCACCUGCUCUGUCGCAUGUUGGUCUUUGAUCCGGCUAAGCGGAUUUCUGGCAGCGACGCCCUCUCCCACCCGUACCUGGACGAGGGGCGUCUGCGCUACCACACCUGCAUGUGUCAGUGCUGCUACUCUGUCCCCAGCGGGCGAGUUUACACCCGGGACUUUGAGCCCGUCGCCGAGCGGCCGUUCAGCCACAGCUACGAGAACAGCCUGCUGUCUGUGUGGCAGGGGAAAGAGUUAAUCCAUCGCUUCAUCACGGAGCAUCAGCAGGGAAAACGAGUGCCGCUGUGCAUCAACCCUCAGAGUGCUGCCUUCAAGACCUUCAUCAGGUCGACCGCAUGGCACUCCUCCAAGGUCUCCAGGAAAGAGGAGAGAUGAACGCCCCCCCCUCUUCGUCUUUCAGGAGAGCGACAGCAGUUUGAUUUCAUGAACCGUGACAUCUGAAAAUCCAGAAGAGUUGGAGUCUUUUUCUUUCUUUUUUUUUAACACCCGACCUACCUGAGCGUCUCCAGAAAACCCUCUCUGUGUUUUUGUUUUUCCUGCAAAUUGACAAAAUGAAAACUACUGCUCGCCUCCUUUGAAGACCCAGACUGCGGAUGCUCUUGGCGUUUUCGGUGCUGAAUUUAAAAAACAAAAUGCUGCUGAAGUGCUCGGGGAGGAAUAAGACAGAGGAAAAGAAGUGAACUUGGUACUCGACUGGAUUCUCCAUCUAUGUUCGUAGAGACAUUUAGAAUAAUGGUUUUAAUUGUUUGGUAGAGUUGUUGCUUAGUUGAUAUUUGAAGUCAUUCCAGCCCUGUGCAAUAUGGUUUAAUUAGAAAAAGACGCAUCUCGCGUGCUCGCUUGCCAAUAGGACUCUUUUGGACUCUUGCUACUCGACCACGUCACCGGAUCAGUGUGUCACGAGCUCUCGCACACGAACCCGCCAAACACCCCGUCCAUUAACCGCCAAAAACCUCCACGGUUUGCUUUUUUAUUUCUAUAUAAUCUAUAAUUUGAACACAUCACUCACUGUGUUUAACACGACAAUAAUGCAAUCUAACAGAUGUAGCAGGUUUUAACUCGGUCACAGCUCACCACCUUUCUCCACCUUCACUUAGCUUUGUUGUUUUUGGAUCAGAGCUUGUGGGGGGGGGGGGUGUUCGGUCCUGGAUCAGCGUUUGAUCUCCUGAAAGAUUGGGAACAAGGGCCGCAUCUUUAUUCUCAUAACAUUUAGAGGUUUAAAUGACUCGUGGGGGUAAAAGGUUUAGACCUCCUCCUGAUGUCAGCUGUGAGGGCAAACAUGCACCAUCAGUUGGGGUUGUUGUUAUCUGACUUUUUGACCCUGUUAGACAUUCAGACCACAAGAUAUUUGAAGAUGGACCCUUGUAAAAAAACAAAAGAUGCAGAGCGUAAAGUCAUUCCCCCUUUUUGUCAACUAUUUUAUUUUGAAAACCCUCACAGGAAGAAGAAGAAAGAUGCCAAAUCAGAUGUUUGGUUUUAUUUCUCACAUGUUGAAGAAGUAGUUUCCUGCUGACCUCCUCGGCCCCCGGAGAGAGAGACAAAGAGAAUCUGUAUUUCUUUUUUUAAUUCUUAAUUUAUUGAGUGUUUGUUGAAGAGUGUGUGUCUCCACCUCCACCCUGUUUUAGUUUGAAGCGACCUCUCUCUCUCUCUCUGCGGUCUCGGUUACCUCAAACCCCGGCAAGACGAAAAAGAAAAGGAGCACCAGAAGGAACGUGCGCAUAUCUGUAACGUGAACCCCUCCCGGUGAACUUUCAUUCCUCCAGAUUCUGGUUUUUACCUCGUUGCUCGCUCCUCGUCUCUCGACCCAGCGUGAGGUUUUGAGAGGAGAAGGAUGUUGUCGAUGAAAUGCUGCUGUUUUUGUUUUUCUUUCUCUUUACUUUGGUGGUUUUCAGAGAGCCUGUUGGUGGUCUGAAGGCUCAGGUGUUGGUAAACGGUACAAAGCCUCAGGAGGAUGCUCCAGUAUUGAUUCUCUGAUGACUGAAGAGGUUUCUGUGCAGUGACGGCAAACAGGAAAUCAUGUUGUGGAUGAUUUUUAUAUCACAGACGACAAGAUGAAGUCAUCUCCAGAGAAGUCUGCAGACAGAUUAAAUUAAAUCUUCAUCAGACGUCCUGGAGGUUGAUUUUCCUGCUGUUCAGUUGGAGACUUGUGGAACGUUACCUGCUGUGGAUUGAGGAUCUCUUGCUCUCAUCCCAGCUGCUACAAGGGUUCCACCCCCCCAAUCCUCAGACAUGUCUUUCAGAGGCGGAGGCGUCUUCUUCCAGUUGUUCCUGAACAGCAGUCCAAAGAUCAGGAGGAUGGUUUUCUGGAUUUCACACAUGAAUCACGCCAGUCCUUAAAAAAACACACCGCCUCAUUUCCAAGAAGACGAACUGAACUCGUAUUUAUUUGUGGAUUCUUCUGCCUCACAGGAAAUCAGAUUCAUGUUCAGAUUCAGAUCGAAACGUCGAACGUCUCGUGAGAUGUUUGACUGCAGGAACCUUUUCACGCCAACCACCUCGACUCUCAAACGUCUCCGCUGUCUGUCUCCCAUUUAGUCCUAACCUCAUGAAGGAAGCUUCACCUCCUCGCCUCCUCACCUCCUCACUCCCUCGAUCACACUGAGUAAUAUUUCCUUCUUCACGCCCUGACCCUCCAGCAGGCCGGGGCCCUGAGCCUCUGUUUCCCUCUGAAGCCCUGAAACCUCAGCUCCUCUCUACAGGAACACACAGCGAGCCUCUGCUGGAGGCGGCCAGAUUACCUGACUUGUAUAUCUGCAUGUGUAUAGUUAUAUCCCAUGGAGAGCAUUUUGGUUUGAAUGCUGUGCAAUGGUUCAUCAGUUUGUCGAUCAUAACGGAAAAACGUACAUUUCGUGUAUUUUUCUUUGAUUCAUCUUUAGGAAGUGAUUUGAUUAGAAGUUUCUUUUUUUGUUUGUUUGUUGUGAUCUAUUUAGAUUUUAACGAAGCCGAGGCGAGGGGAGGAGAUCGCCGGAUUGAUUGUUCCCUUAAAGCGCACGAAAAUGGACGCUGAUAGUGUUUACUGACACCUUUAGUUUGAUCACAUGACUGAAAAAAACACCUGGAAGUAUUGAAGCAGAGGGUUUGGUCCUUACUGAAUAGCUCAGCUUUAUUUUUGCUCAUAAAGAAGAUGAUCUUCCUUCUAAGUUUCACAAAGACCUGAAUCAGAGCAGGGUGAGGAUUGAAAUCAGGGGCUGCUAUCAUGUCUGAUGAUUUGACUCCAUCUUUUCACAACCAUGAGAUCAUUUGGCUCCUUUCACAUCAACAGACACUAAAUUCCUCUCACUGAAUACCUGAUUUUAAAAGUCCGCCCUCCAUGGAGGACGGUUCUUUCAGUUUCUCUGUCGUGAGCAACAAGCAGGAAAUAAAGACGCCGAUCUCACAGAAGCUGCUACCAAAAAUAUUUAAAGCUGCCCUCCCUGAGUUUGUUCCUGAGCUGCAGUUUAAGAACGAAUAAAAGCAGACAUGAGUAAUUCAAGGGAACAAUCACUCCUCCCUCCUCCCCCUCUCCGGUCUUUCUCUUUGCUUUCUUUUUUCUGUUGUCGUGUGGUAGAGAUCCUUCCAGGUGAGGAACAGUUUUUAAACUCGAUGACCCGACUCAGAGUCCGGCUGACGAGUCUGCUCCAGGUCGUCUGCUCAGGUCGUCUGCUCCAGCUCGUGCGCUUGGUGUCUUUAACACCGGCGUGAAAGGAAGAGCAGCGCGGUUCGGACGAGCGGUCAUCUUAGAGAUUAGACACGUUUUUCUUCUAUGAAAAGAACUUGAUUGUUUUAUUAUUCUAAAUAUGAUACUGAUGUUUUUGUCUUCGUUUUAGCAUACAGGUUUGUUUGUUUUUGACUUGUGUUCCCAACAAAUACUUGAAUUUCUUAUAAAAAAAAAGUUUAGAGUUAAAGUAGUGAAUGAUGAAAUAAAUAAAUGGACACUGGAUAAUA